UCUGCGCAUGCUCGGCUCGCCGGUCCUCCGCAGUGGCGGGGCGCGGGAGGCGCUGCAAGCAGGGAACUGCCUCAUGGCGCAGGCGGGGAGAGUUAGUGCCGGGGCCUGGGGUCGGCGGGGCGCGGGCGCGGAUGCGGCUCUGGUUUGCGCGCCUUGGUGCUGGGCCUCCGCGCUGCUCUGGCUGGCGGCGGCGGCGGCGGCGGCGGCGGCGGCGACCGGCCCCUCCCGGCGCCAGUGGCCGGUGCCCUACAAACGCUUUUCCUUCCGUCCGGAACCAGAUCCUUACUGUCAAGCUAAAUACACUUUCUGUCCCACUGGCUCCCCUAUCCCAGUGAUGAAGGAUGAUGAUGUCAUUGAAGUCUUUCGAUUACAAGCCCCAGUGUGGGAAUUUAAAUACGGAGACCUCCUGGGACACUUGAAAAUUAUGCACGAUGCCAUUGGAUUCAGGAGUACUUUAACUGAAAAGAACUACACAAUGGAAUGGUAUGAACUUUUCCAGCUUGGAAACUGCACAUUUCCCCAUCUCCGACCUGAAAUGAAUGCCCCUUUCUGGUGUAAUCAAGGAGCUGCCUGCUUUUUUGAAGGAAUUGAUGAUAUUCACUGGAAGGAAAAUGGGACGUUAGUUCUAGUAGCAACCAUAUCAGGAGACAUAUUUAACAAAAUGGCAAAGUGGGUAAAACAGGACAAUGAAACUGGGAUUUAUUAUGAGACAUGGACGGUCCAAGCCAGCUCAGAAAAAGGGGCAGAGACAUGGUUUGAAUCCUACGACUGUUCUAAAUUUGUGUUAAGGACAUAUAAGAAGUUGGCUGAACUUGGAGCAGACUUCAAGAAGAUAGAAACCAACUAUACAAGAAUAUUUCUUUACAGUGGAGAACCUACUUACUUGGGAAAUGAAACAUCUGUUUUUGGGCCAGCAGGAAACAAGACUCUUGCUUUAGCCAUAAAAAGAUUUUAUUACCCUUUCAAACCACAUUUGUCAACUAAAGAGUUUCUUUUGAGUCUCCUGCAAAUUUUUGAUGCCGUGAUUAUACACAGACAGUUCUAUUUGUUUUAUAAUUUUGAAUAUUGGUUUUUACCUAUGAAAUUCCCUUUUAUUAAAAUAACAUAUGAAGAAAUCCCUUUACCUAACAGAAACAGAACACUCUCUGGUUUAUAAAACCUUAAUUCUACUGUUCUACUGCUUUUUUUUUCUACCAGCACAUCAGUUUUUCAGGGGGUGGUUUUACAUGUGUGGAUUUCUUAGACCUUUCCUCCUUAGGACAGAAAGGUAAAAUACACAUGGGCAGAAUUGCUGCAUAAUAAUAUCUCAGGAAUUUUUUUGGAAAGAAGCUGAAAACUGAUUGUGUUGGCCAAAGUGAACCCAUUAGGUGAUCUUGAUUUCAAUCUCCAAGGCUUUGUUAAUAUGGAGAAUUAUAUCAUCAGAUACACAGUAUCUUUGGACUCCUCAGAAUGUGAAAUUGUGGAUAUGGUGUGCCAAAACUUUAAAAAUAAAUACUGUCAGCGACAUU